AUGAAUGAAUUAUGGUAUGAUUAACUGAAAACAGCAAUAAACAAUUCAAAUUAAAAUGAAGGAGAUUUACUUGUCAGAAAAUAACGAUAGAAUAUAGUAUCACUACCAUAAUUGAGACAUCCAAACCCAUUAAGAAUUAGUAGUAUUACUAAUCUAAAAAAUGUCUCCUCAGAUAGAUUUCGAUAAUAUUUACAAUAAUUAUAGUUAAAAAGGUUGGUGAAAAGAGAUUAAUUGAGAAUUAAUAAUUCUGAAACAGAAACAUAUCCCUUUUUGAAUUUAUAAGCAAAAUAAAUGAAAUUUUCUGAAAAAGAAUUUAAAGCUAAUAAUUUAAGUGUUUCAAUUAGCUAAUCCAACAUAUUAAAUAUUAACUAAAAUUUUUAAGGCAAUAAUAUAUCAUUUACAAGAUUCAAUUCUUAAUAAAAUAAUCAUCCUUAAGUUAUUACAAGUAAUAAGGAUUCUUCAAGAAGAAUUAAAACAAUUAAUCAAAUCGAAACUACAGAAAUAAUUGAGUAAUAAGAAAAUUAGAAAUAACUUUAUUUAAAACUGAAGUUAAGAAAUAGUUUAAUAAAAUAAACAAUCAAUAAUUGGAUUAAAUAAAGAUUUAAUUUCAACAAAAAAAAUCAUUCCUGA